AACAACACCAUCACAAUAAUUAUGUUAAAUUUAUUCAAUAGUAAUAAUAAUAAUAAUCCUAAUAAUCAUCAUCAGCUACAGGUGCCAGAGAUUAAUAUUAUUAAUAGGAGGAGGCAAUGUUGCAGUGCUAUUAUCGUAGGACAUACCGUUAAUAGUAUCGCUAAAAUGUGUAAAAGUUUCCUAAUACCUGUCCAACUGUUCCUAAUUGUUAAUCUAUUGUUGUUAACUGUGUCGUCGGUGUUACCUACUGGUGCUUCAGCACAGGGAGUACUGUUACCCAAACGGAUAGUCCAGCAGAUUAGCGAAAAAAUCAAACUACCGACCUAUUCGGUACACGAAUUGGACGAUGCAUUCAAUUUGGGCAAAUCAAUGGUCAGCGAUAAGUUGCGGCUGGAAAAUGAACUGAUCCGUGAAGGUAUGACUACGGAUAUGUCGAAAGUUACGGCCACUAGUCGUCAUCAGGCAGUGACCACUACGCUGGCCAAAGGCAACCAAUUGGAGCACAUGCAGGAACUGUUUGAAGAGACCAGUAAGAUAUUGUUGAAAAAUAUGACACACGGCUCAGUGGAUCCAAUGGUUUUUGCCGAAUCGGCUAUUGCACUGCAAUCGAUACCGUUGUUGACCGCACCGAGUGCCCGACACGCUGUCCAACGAUGCCAGGAGGAACAGUUUGUCCAUUGUCAACCGUCACGCUACAGGACAGCCGACGGUAGCUGCAAUAAUUUGGUUCACCCGAAUUGGGGCCGAUCUUUCUCAUGUUUUGUCCGAUUGAUUGCACCGGACUAUGCGGACGGCCAGUCGGCACCCAGGAUAUCGGUAACGGGUGCACCGCUGCCCAAUCCACGUAUCCUAUCGGCCGUAGUGCAUCGGGAUCUAAACUAUCCGGCCACCUAUACCCAUAUGGUCAUGCAAUAUGGCCAGUUUUUUGCCCACGACAUUGCCUUUACACCGAGUUCACGUACCCGUGACGGCAAAAUGAUACAGUGCUGUCCACUCGAACAGAACAGCCAUCCCCAGUGCUAUCCAAUUCACGUACCCCUGGAUGACCCGUUUUAUUCAAAAUUUGAAGAAAAUUGUCUGAAUUUUGUCCGUACAGCUAUGUGUCCGCAGUGUCGACUGGGACCCCGCGAACAGAUGAACCAGAUUACUGCCUAUAUUGACGGAUCAAAUCUGUACGGAAGUAUGCAAAAUGAAACCGAAUCAUUGUGGACCCGAACGGGUCCGGCCGGUCGUAUGCACGUAUCGUUGGCCCGGAAUGGCGGCGAAUUGUUGCCACAGUCGCCCGAACCCGACAAAGAUCAGUGUAGUAAACUGGACGAACAGCUACUGUGUUUCAAGGCCGGGGACAAACGUGCCAAUCAGCACCCGGCCCUCAUGUCGUUGCACGUACUAUGGCUUCGUCAACACAAUCGGGUGGUCAACGAACUCAAACGGGUUAACCCGCACUGGAACGGCGACAUACUGUACGAAGAAGCCAAACGUAUAGUCGUAGCCCAGAUGUCUCAUGUAGUCUACGCCGAAUGGCUACCGAUUGUCAUCGGACCGGAUGCCAUGAAAUUUCUGAAACUCAGUGUCCUGCAGGACGGCUACACUGAAUACGAUCCGCACGUAAAUGCCGGCAUUAUCAACGAGUUUGCCGGUGCCGCUUUCCGAUUUGGUCACUCACUAGUCAACAAUGUUUUUGCCGAAAUCUUGCCCAAUGGUAAAACAUCAGGCUAUCGACUUCGGGAGUUUUUCUUCAAUCCGUUUGGCUUUUACGAGGGACAGUUGGAUUCAGUGUUGAGAGGACUGAUCAGUCAGGCCGCCCAAAACAGGGAUCCGUUUGUGUCGUCCGAUAUGAAGAAUCAUCUCUACCGGCCGAAAGACAAUCCGUACGGUCUGGAUUUGCCCGCUUUCAAUGUUCAGCGCGGCCGCGAUCACGGUAUCCGCGGCUAUACUAGUUAUCUGAAGUUUUGUUUCGACGAAAAGAUACACAACUGGAACCAAUUGGACCAAUACAUGCCAACCUCGCAGAGGAUGCGCUUCCAAAAUCUAUACAAAUCCGUACACGACGUCGACCUGUUCAGUGCCGGUCUGGCCGAGUAUCCAUUGCCGGGUGCGGCCGUCGGACCGACAUUUACCUGUAUAAUAGGCAUACAGUUUUAUAAUCUAAAAUAUGGCGACCGAUUCUGGUACGAACAUAAGGGUCAAGUGGGCUCAUUUCUACCCGAUCAAUUGCAUCAGAUAAAGAAGAUAUCUUUAGCCAAAUUGAUUUGUGCCAAUGGAGACGACAUCGAGUUUGUUCAGAAAAACGUAUUCAGAGGAGAGUCAGCCCGCAAUCCCGUGGUCUCCUGUAAGACACUGCCGGACACUAUGCUGGGCGCCUGGAGGAGUGCAGCUACAGGUUAACCAUAACUAUAAAAAAAACUACCCGUCCAAUCAAUCAAUCAAUGUCUUUUUAAAAAAAAACCUUGAUUUUCAUUUUUAUAUAUAUAAAAAUAAAAUCAAUUAACAAUUGUUUGUUUUAUAUAUCAUUUGAUAUCUCAUUUCCUCCACAAACAUACAUCC